AUGAACAGUGCUGUAGAGUAUCCAGGUGUCCAGUUGAGCUGGAGAAGGAUACUGGCGAUUGCUCAGGAUCAACCAGAUCCAAUUGCAGUGAAAGGUGUCUUGUCAGAUGACAGUGAUGAUGAAUACCGACAAGAGCAUACUACUUUCAAUAGAAUGCAAUGUAUGAACAAGGCACUACAAAACAUUUACACUAUCACAAGCCAUGGUCAAGGCUACAUUGCAUUCAUGGAGACCAUGGCCAUUGAACUGAAGUAUCAGUGUCCAAUUUCCAUGGCCUUUCUCAAGCACAUCAUUGACUUUUCUGAAAUCCCCACGCAACAAACACUGGAACAUGUCACGAUGGCCCUGUUGAACAAGCUCUCCACCAAACAAACAAAGAUCAACGCAAUAAUCAUCUGGUCUAUGUUGGCGCAAAAGUUUGCUGGCAGUUUAGCUGAAUCUAUCUGGACUGAUGCAUUAGGAGAUUUGCUGAUCCAAUGUUUGUAUGACGACAGCAACAUGUACUCACUUUUAGCUAUCGAGAGUUUUGCAUUGACAGGCAGUUUAAAGAGAUCGCUGCAAGACCAAUUUAGCAUUGCACGUACGCUACAGCAAGUAUCAGAUACAGUCCAGCAGAACCUAUGUUUGUUCCAGCCAUCGCCACUCCUGCCCUCGUUUGAAUCCAUCAAGUCAGCCACAACAACAGACUCACCGAACCUCACACUCGUGUCGAUCAAGCACCACAUCAGACUAUACCAAGAGCUGAAAUCAGCAUUCAAAUCAUGCAAAUCAAAGCUGUCAAAAAAGAGAAAAUCGCUUAGAAAAUCCCAAAACUGGGGCUACAAGACGCUAUACAACGAUGCUCCAGAUCAUGACACUACUAAAACAUACCAAGACAAUACCAUAGUCUUUCUAGACCUGAGAAAAUUGCAUUUCUGUCUCAACUGGUCAUUGACCCAUGUGUUUAGCAAGACCAACCAAGACAGCUCCCUUCAUCCGUGUCAACAGACCUAUCUACAGCCAAUCGACUCCAACAGCCAUUGCAAGUUCAGUAUGGAUCGGUUGGAAGUUCGCAACGAUACUUUCUUUUUCGAGUCUGUGCGCGCAACAACUGGCAUACCAACAAACACAGGCGGCAAAUGGUACUAUGAAGUCUUUCUAUUUACCGAUGGCAUUAUGCAAAUUGGAUGGGGAACCAAGCAGUGCCUACUAUCGCCUCAGGAUGGAAGUGGUAUCGGCGAUGAUGUUCAUGGCUUCGCAUUUGAUACGCACCGAUGUGCAGUCUGGGCAGCUGGCGAGUUACACUCAUCCUCCUCUGCUCUACUAGGUGAAUGUAAAGCAGGUGAUGUUUUGGGCUGUUUGUUGGAUUUGGAUAAAAGCUAUUGCACGUUUUUUAUCAACGGACAAAACCAUGGACUGAGUAUCGAUGUGACCAAAACAGAAAUGGCACUGUAUCCUACCAUCAGCUUGACUGGCCAUCAACAUGUAGUGGCUAAUUUCGGUCGCCAAGCGUGGUAUCAUAGUGUAGAUGGUGCUAAAGCUGUCAACGACGCUGCUCCUCGUUGUCACACUGUAAAGAUAAAGCAUGAUACUACAGAGACAGAAGAUGAAGGGCUUCUAUGCAACAUUUGCUAUGCUGAACCAAUCAGUACCAAACUAAUGCCGUGUGAGCAUGAUGGAUUAGGGGAAAAUUGUGCACAAACAUUGGAGUCAUGGUAA